AUGGACACCGACAAAGUCUCGGCCGCAAUGGGCAACUACAUGCUGCAGGGUUGGGCCAUGCUGAAUGAUGGUUGUCCGGACUGCAAUACACCGUUGAUGCGCAACCGUGAAGCAACAAGUCAGAUCUGCGUCAACUGUCAACUCAACCCCCCUGUCGACCCCGAGGAAGUCUCAACUACAACUACUACCACUACAGAAACAACAGCACCAGGACCAGCAUCUUCCCCAGCACAAGCAACAACUCUCCCGCCUCCCCCACCUGCAGUUACAGUUGCGGCCAUGACAACACCUGCUCCCACCUCUGCCCUUCCUUCCCUCCCUUCGACCCCUGCCCCAGGACCCUUCCGCCCUCCCUCGCCUCAAAAUCACCGAUCUUCGACUUUGGAUCCCAUGCUUGAAGCACGUCGCGCACUUCGUCCCGUUGGCGCCAGGAGCAUUGGAGGUGCUCCUCCUCAACCUCCCUCGACUCCCCCCCCUCGCGCAACAACCCCUCUGCCAAUGCCUCCCGGAACCCCUCCUCCUCCUCCCACUGGAGCAAAGACUACAUCCGGACCAUUGGGUCUCAAACCCGCUAAUAUCCCUAGACCUCCAGGUCCUCCACCACCUGCACCCUCAACCGCUCCCCCUGCCCUGCCUCUGUCCCCUCCCCCACCAGCUGGGACUCUGCUUCCUACACUUGUGCCAAGAGACAUAAAGCGUUCGCCUCAGAGCUCAGUCAUCCUCUCGGGCCCCAUUCUACCACCCUCAACUCCUCCACCUCCCCCACCCUCAGCAAUCACGUCGGGACCUCUUCCCAGCCCUCCUACUGGUCCAGUUCCUCCCGUUGCCACUGAAUCAGUCGUAACCGAGGUCUUGGAACCCCUUGCUACGACUGCUCCACAAAAGGAUCAGGAGACUGCUGCUGCCACCACCGAGGAGCCAGUUGAGGAACAAGAGCAACACAGCGAGGAGAUCGAGAGCGAGGUCACUGUCGAGGCUUUCGAAGUAGAUGAGCCUGACGCAGACACCCAGAGCCUUUUGGAGAUCGAACAACCAACUGAGACUGCUCAGGAGCAGCCUCAGGGACCAGUUCAAGAACAGGAGCAGCCUCCGGUCCAAACUCAAGAACAAGAAGAGAAACAAGAAGAUGAGCAGCAACAACAACAGGAGGCAACUCAGGAGCAACCUCUCGAGCAGGCUCAGGAAGCUGAAGACGAGGAGGAUGAUGUAGACGACGGCGACAAGACUGGUGUCGAAAGCGACGAUGAUUUCGAGGAUGCCGAGGAGGAAGUGUUCAAGCCCUCGGAGGACGAAGUCAAGGAGCGCGAGUCCAAGCGCGAGCAGAGCGAGCGUGCUUCCCGUCUGAUCGGUCAAAAGAUGCUUCAAGGAUGGGCCAUGUUGCAAGACCCCUGCCCCAACCUCUCCUGCCACGGUGUACCUUUGUUGAGAAACCGUGAAAAGAAAGAGUACUGUGUGGUGUGCGACAACUACUUUCAGCGUGAACAAGAUCUCGAGCAUGGAAAGUACACGAUCGUCGCACCUGAGCCCGUCUCGGCACCAUUGCCUCCUCUCCCACCAGCACCUACCUCCUUGCCUCCUCCUCCCCAGACGCCUUCGCCUGCCCUCCCACCACAACACCAGGCUGUCACUUCAGUGACAUCUCCCAGUAUUAGGGCAUCAUCUCCUUUGGCCAGCCCUUCGUUCGGUCGCAGCCGGCGCGAUUCUGCUGGAAGAGUCUCUGGUUCUAUUAUUCUCCCGCCUGCUGCCCCUAUGCCCUCCAGCCUCGCAUCUGCCAGCCAGCAGAUUCUCGGCAAGCACCUCAGCGAAGAUCUUGAUAAGCUGGCAUCAGAGGAUGAAGAGGCGCGCAAACAUAUUCAGAUUAUCCGUAAGGGAGGAGAGUACUCGAGCAGAUCGCUCCCACCAGUUCCUUCAGGACCAGCCCCACCAGCAGGAUCGCGCCCCACAUCGACCUACUCGACCUCUUCAGAAUACCAUCCCUCCGAGGGUGAACGUCCAGAGUUGAAGAAUAUUCGCCCUCCUCGCUACAACAAUCCUAAUUACCAUGCUAAUGGAGCCAGUCACCUUCAUCAACAGCAGCAGCAACACGCGUCUAUGAACGGAACUGGAUCUGAACAACAACAACAAUUACACAACGGACCUGCUCCACCACCACCAGCACCACUCUCGCCUGAGGUGCAGGCACUUGUGGCGGCAACACACAAGACUAUGGCGACGAUCUUGGUCAAACUAGAGGCAUAUCGCCUUGCUUUGGAGGUCGCUGAGAGUCCCAAGGAGUGCCAGGCGUUGACUGCCCAGAUCAAGGGUCUUAUGGAGUGCUUAAAGGCCUGCCGCGAGACUCUUUAA